GUUAAUUAUUGAUUCGGUGAAGAAUGAAUAAUUGAAAAUGCAAAAGUGCGCGUAUAACAACCGUAAAAAACAAACCCCUCCCACCAAACAAAAACCAGUGCGACUGUCCAAUCACAUGCGUGGAUUUCUGAGCUCUUCUGCUCGGUAACCAAUCCAUAUUCAAGCAGCCCUGCUUCCUGCUGAGGGUUUCAGAGCCCGUUAUAAUAUUGCCCUGGAAUAAGAAGAAUAAACUGAUGAUAAUAUUUAUGGGGGACGGGAUGGACGCUGGCUCUCCGCGGACUCCUUCGACAAUAUAGAGUUUUUCUAGGUGGCCCGACAUGCCAGGAUCCCUUCUCUGGGCCGUGGAUGUGUAUGGGAGGGUGUUCAGCCUGUGCGCCACUGGAGGGCGCUAUAAACGGUCUAAAGAUGUUUUACUGGAGCUGAAACGGGUCACAGCUGCUGAGCAGUGCUGUUGGGGCAUCGGUUGUGACCAUCAGGUCUAUCUUAAUGUACUCCCUAGUGACGUACCUAUCCGCCACCAAGAGGAGACGUAUGAGAACCAGAGAUGGAACCCAGUUGAAGGAUACACAGACACACUUCUACCCACAGACCGCUGGCAGUGGACGGAUGAGUCGGGACAGAAACCACAGCCUCUCCACAGCUUCCAUCUGCCGUCUGAUAACUGGGAGUGGGAGGGGGACUGGUUUGUGGAUGAUGAGAGCUGUGGGAGAGAGUCCACCGCAACAGGAGGCUGGGAGUAUGCUGUAGACUUCCCUGCCACCUUCACCAAAGAGAAGAAAUGGAACUCCUGUGUCCGUCGCAGGCGAUGGCUUCGCUACAGGAGAUAUAAAGCACGGGGGUCAUGGGCCAAGGUGCCUUUGGACAGAGGCCAGCCUCCUCCAGAGCCCUUCACUGAUAUCAGCUGUGGAGGCUGGGACAUCAGCGACAGUCCAGAGAAGCGCAUCUGUCUAUGGGCUGUGUCUCAACAAGGGAAGGUUUGGUUCCGUACAGGCGUCCAGCAGCAGAACCCAGAGGGGACAGCCUGGGAGCACGUUGCUGUACCCAGAGAAGUGUCACAGAUCAGUGUUGGCCCGGGGGACCUGCUGUGGGCUGUGCUGUGGGAUGGCCAGCUGCUUGUCAGAACCGGCAUCAACAAUGACUGCCCUACAGGUGCAUCGUGGAUGACAGUGGAUCCUCCAAGCAAGGUUGGAGCCAUCCACGUAGCAGUUGGAAUAAAUGUAGUUUGGGUGGUCACUAAGGACAACAAGGUGUGGUUCAGAAGAGGAGUGAACUCUCAUAACUCCAGUGGCUUAGGCUGGAUCAGUAUUGGUGGAGAGAUGGUGAUGAUCAGUGUGGGGCCCAAUGACCAGGUGUGGGGGGUUGGCAGCGAGGACAGGACUGUUUACUUCCGCCAUGGAGUUACCCCCACUGAGGUAACUGGGAAGGCAUGGGUCCCUGUGUGUGCCCAACUGGACAGAGGUCCUACCACAAACAGGCCCAGUGAUGGCUGCCUCUUCAGUGGUCAUCUCACUGGCCCUUCUCAGGGUUCCGUGCUUAGUUGCGAUGACUCAGAUGUCCCCAGGCAGCACAUCCCUAAGAUCACCAGUGAUAGUUUCAUCUCCGCCCUGGUGGCAGACCGCAGUGUUCCUCUCGAGGGGUCAACCACAACGCCAAACCCCAACCCACUUGAAGUGGACCAGGAAGUACUAAAGGAGGGUGCAGAGGAGGACAAUGCUCCUGCUCAGGCCCCAGUUCUCCCAUCCAGCCAGCCAAAUGGUGGUGAACUCCCAUGGAGUAAUGUGGAUCUUGAGGAGAUGAAAGCCGCCCCAGCAAGUACUGCACAGAGCUCAGUGGCCACCUACCCCUUGGAGCUGGAAGCCAUCGUGGAGCAAGAGGAGGGUCCACCAUGGGCCUGGAUCACAGGAGGAGGAUGUGAGAUAGACUCUAGUUCCAGUAUCAGCUGGCUGGAAACUACAGAAGAAGGCCUGCUGUCUCCCACCAUCACUCCUGCUCUUAGUGCAGCAGGUGUUCAGGAGAGAGCACCACGAGAAAAAGAGAAAACUAUGGAGAAGUCUGUGAGUGUCAGAAAGGGUGUGAUGUGCUGGUGGAGGGACUGGCAGCCGCAGCAGUGGGAGGAAGUGGGUGUGACUCUGGAGCAGGUCAGGGGUGGGGGAACGUCCCGGGACGAUAUCCUUUACAUCUUCUAUACACACAAUGAGGAGAGAAAGUAUCUGUAUGCUGUGAUAAGGGAAGUGACAGCCCUUGUUCCAGUAUUUUGGAAGUCGUUAUAUGCACUGGCUGUUUAUACAGCUGAGAGGACCAGGCAGAGAUGGCCUAUUCUUCUGGCUACAGAGUCCCAUCAAGACUUUGAGAACUGGCUGUCUCUGUUGAGCAAGUCAUGUUGUGAGUCCAGGGCUCUCCGAGAUCCUCCCUCCAAACAAGCCAUGUGGGCCAUCACUUCUAAAGGGGACAUCAUGGUGCAUGACCCAUCACCCAGCCUGGAGGCACCUGCCCAGUACUUACCCUGUGACCAGAUGUUCUGGCGUCAGGUUCCGGGUCACCUGCUUUGUGUGGAGUCUAACAGCCUGGGUGUGGUGUGGGGCAUCGGCUAUGACCACACUGCCUGGGUCUACACGGGGGGCUGCAGGGGAAACCAAGCUCAGGGUGAAAUUAAUCAGCAUUCACUGACUGAUGUUAGAAAUGUCUACAUCUACGAGAACCAGCGGUGGAACCCAGUGACAGGAUACACAGAUAAGGGUCUUCCCACAGACCGGUACAUGUGGAGCGAUGCCCUUGGACUAAAGGAGUGCACCAAAGAGAACACCAGACCGCCCACACCUCAGUGGACAUGGGUGUCAGACUGGGCCAUUGACUUUAGCACCCCGGGAGGAACAGACAAAGAAGGCUGGCAGUAUGCUGCAGAUUUCCCAGUGACUUUUCAUGGUUAUAAGACCAUGAAGGACUUUGUGAGACGAAGGCGAUGGGUUAGGAAGUGUAAGAUUACAUUAAUGGGGCCCUGGCAGAAAGUCACACCCAUCCUGCUGAUUGACGUCACCAUCCUGCCAUGUCUGGCUCACAGCAGUCUGGAGCAGGUGCCUGUGUGGGCCAUCAGUGAGAAGGGGGACGUGCUGUGCCGUCUGGGAGUAAAUGCUCAUAACCCAGCUGGCAGCUCCUGGCUCCACGUGGGCACUGACCAGCCCUUUAAGUCCAUCUGCAUUGGUGGGGGCCACCAGGUGUGGGCCAUCGCCCGGGAUGGAGCAGUCUUUUACCGAGGCUCAGUCUCAUCUCAAAACCCUGCAGGCGAGUGCUGGUACCACAUUCCCUCUCCCCCCAGGCAGACACUCAGACAGGUGUCUGUGGGCAGAACCUCUGUUUAUGCUGUGGAUGAAAACAGUAAUCUGUGGUACAGGCAGGGUCUGAUGCCUAGUUAUCCUCAGGGAUCUACGUGGGAGCUUAUCUCCAGCAACGUUUGCAGGGUUUCUGUUGGACCAUUGGACCAGGUUUGGAUUAUAGCUGAUAAGGUCCCGGGUUUUCCAUCUGAAAGCUCAGGCACUGUAUGCCACAGGCUCGGCGUGCGGCCCAUGCAGCCUAAAGGCUUGUCCUGGGAUUUCGGAAUCGGGGGCGGAUGGGAGCACCUGUCAGUGAGAGGGAAUUCCACAGAGGCUCAGCGCGCAGCUCCUUGUAGCCCUCGGCCCAGCCGGAAUCAGGCACAGGUGAAUGGGAAUGCUGCAGGAUAUUAGACACUGUGCACCCUCUAUUAUCCUCCUCAUUGUCAUAACUGCCUGCCCUGCAUGCCUCAGCCCACUGCUCUGGACACCCCACCCCAGCCCUGUUUCAACCAUAUGUGACUUUUCUUUCUUUUAUUUGUGUGUGUGUGUGCUUGAGUGUUCUCGGUUUUGAUCAUUUGCAUGAAUUGCUCUUGGAUGUUCUGACCACGGCUUCUUUUUUUAAUGAAUGUUUAUUUUUUUCUUUAUUUAAUUGUAUUCAUGAGCCACUGCUGUUACUUUUACUUUCCUAACAUGCUAUUUUCAGUAGUAAGGUCUUCUGUCUGUCUUACAAAUCUAACAAAUCACACUUUACCUCCUGAUGCUUCAUGAAAAAUGACUCCAUUUUGACAUUAAAAAAAAAAACAAACAAAAAAAAAAAACAACCUAACAGAAUAAUAUGCAUUGUACAACAGUAUUUGCUGACAGGGUACAAAAUCUUCUAAUAUAUUCUUUGAAUGUGUAUGCUCUCUUCCUCAAUAAAUAUGUGUACACAA